AUGGGCAGUCCACGCGCUGCUCACGAACCCCAGCCCUCGGAGCUGAACACCUCUAGCGGCAGCCUCACUUUUAUGGAGGUGGGCAAGGACAAGCUGACGGUGCGCUACAACGGCCCCGCACAGCACGACAACGACGUCGGCUCCAUCCAGGCGGCCCUGCGCCUGCCCAGCUGCGACCUGCGCGCCGCGCCCUCAAACCACCCUGUGCCGCGCCGCUGCCUGGUGUAUUACUUUGAGGUGGCGGUGAAGGAGGCGUCUGGUGGCUCCAUCACCCUCGGCUUCUCAGACCGCAACUUCAAGCAGGGGAGGCACCCGGGGUACGAACCAAACAGCUAUGGCUACCGCGGGGACACGGGGCGCAAGCACCACAGCAGCCUGCCUGUACGGGGCGAGGAGUACGGGCCCGCCUUUGGGCCUGGCGAUGUGGUGGGAGCUGGCAUCCACCUAUCCAAGCACGAGAUAUUCUUCACCAAGAAUGGACAGCACCUGGGCACCGCCUUUCGCAACGUGACGGGGCACCCGCUGUUCCCCACCAUUGGGCUGCACAGCCAGGGCGCCAGCGUGGAGUUCAACUUUGGGCGGCAGCCCUUCCAGUUUGACGCGCGGGCACUGGUAGCGGCGGAGCAGCGCCAGCUGGCGGAUGCGCUGGACAGCACCUGCGUGUCUGCGGGCGAGGUGCACCAGAUGGUGCGGGGCUACCUGCUGCACUACGGCUAUGCGAAGUCGCUCGCCGCCUUUGAUGUGGCGGCGGGCAUGGUGGGGGCGCAGGCGGCAGAGGCAGAGGCAGCGGCGCAGGCAGGGACGGUCGGCACGGCGGCGCCACCGGCGCCUCAGCACCAGCAGCAGCAGAGCGGGGCUGGAGAGGCCGAGGGCGGCGGGCCUGACGGCGGCGGAGCGACGGGCCUGGCGGUCAACGGGGGCGACGGCGGCGGCGGCGCCGCGCAGCUGCUGUCCCUGCGCUGCCAGCUGCGCCAGCUGCUGAUGGCUGGAGACACCGCCGCCGCGCAGCAGCUGCUGCAGCAGCAGGCGCCGGGGCUGCUGGCGGCGGCGCCCGGCGGUACCGGCGGUACCGGCGGCAGCUUCGAGCUGCAGUUCCACCUGGCCUGCCAGCAGCGGGGCGACAUUCCGGCAGCGCUGGCGUACGCCGAGGGGACGCUGUCUGGUCUGCGCGGCGCGUCUGCCGAGCACGAUGCGGUGCUGAGGGACGUGGUGGCCCUCAUCGCCUACCAGCAGCCCGAGCAGUCCCCGCUGGCGGAGCUGCUGUCGCCCGCGCGCCGCGAGGCGGCCGCCGACAUCGUCAACGCCGCCGUGCUGAGGUGGCAGGCGGCGCCGGGGGCGCCCGAGCCGCAGGCGGCGCUGGAGGCGGUGCUGCAGCAGCUGACGGCGGUGCAGCGCGAGCUGCAUGAGCUGGCGGGCGGCCACGGCCCCGAGUUUGACCUGCAGGAGCACCUGCCGCAGCCGGCGGGCCUGGCGCAGCAUGCGGCGGCCUCGCAGCAGCAGCGGCGGCGGCGGCAGGAGCAGCCCGGGGAGCAGGGGGAGGCGGGCGGCGGUGCAACCCAGGAGCCGGUGCCCAUGGCGGAGUGA